GGAAAUAUGUGUAACGUAUGUAUUAAAUUAAGAAUUUGACUUUCGUGGCUUGUUGCUUAAUGUGAGGGAACGAUGGACGUAGGGAAUCAGCCGAUUAUCGAAGAAUGGGUACAAAAUCGCAGAGUGGAAUACCCGGCAGUGCCCUUCCAGUGUGAUUCGAGCGAUGAGUGGACGUACACGAUGCGGCGCUCGAUGCAGGAGAUCGUGCCUGGGCUGUACCUGGGGCCGUACUCGGCUGCUGUGCGCUGCCGCCUAAAGGCACUGCUGGCCCAUGGUGUGACUCACAUUGUGUGUGUGCGCCAGGCCGUGGAGGCCCACUUCGUCCGCCCAAAUUUCCCAGACCAAUUCAAGUAUUUGGUGCUCGACAUAGCGGAUUCGCCUAAUGAGAAUAUAAUACAGCACUUCGGCACAGUGCGACAGUUUAUUGACGAAGGACUGAAUGCCGGAGGGAAGGUGCUGGUGCACGGGAAUGCCGGCAUAUCGAGGUCUGCAGCUCUUGUGCUUGCCUAUGUCAUGGAGAAGUAUGGACUCAGCUGCAGUGCAGCAUUCGGCCUCGUGCAGCAGAGGAGGUUCUGCAUAAAUCCGAACGAAGGCUUCUUGGCACAACUGACAGAGUUUGAGCCCAUCUAUCGGGCCCAGCAGACGCUCCGCAACGGCGAAGCCUCGACGCCGCGUUUCAAACGGCCACUGGAUGAUGCGGGGUGUGAGCCGCCGCCGCCUCCGCCGUCGCCCUGCGCCCCUGCUGCUGUCACAAUGCGGUGAUCGCGGCCACCCGGCCGUCCCGGACAAUUUCUGGGCGGUACUUUGAGAGACGUGGACUGUGUUGUGUAAUUUGUGAAACCUCUGCAGUUAUUCGUUGCCAAUUGUUGUGACAUUAGCAGGAUAUUUCCACGGUGGCCAGAUAGUUGCUAAAUUAACAGCAGAUGUUAGUUUCGGCAUAUUCUCACUAUUGACGUGGUGGUCACUGGCUACAAUUAUAAUUAGCACGUGAAUGUUCUUGCUGUUCUAAGUGGGACCACAUGUUAAGAGUUUUAAGGAUAAAGCUUUUGUAAAGUUCUCAGAAGUAUUGUCGACGUCAUAUCCUUCUUGUUACAGAAAGACUGAACUGUACAGUAACUCACUGUAUUAGCACAUGGCUCUUCGGAGUCCCCUUAUGUCUAAUGCUUACUUGCAUUAACUUUGGAACAGAAUUUUUAAAUUAUGCUGCUUAUUGUCUCCACUAUAAAGGAGAUGGCUCAUUAUUUAAAAGUUUUAACAGACAUUACUAGGUUAAAAAUUUUGUGUUGAAUUACUGUCCAUUUGACUCUUACUAUUCUGUGGAGGUUUCUAAAAUUAUGUUAUUAAAGACCUAUCAUUUAUCCUGUUUUCAAAUCAGGAGAAAGGAAGCUGACCUUUUUUACCUCAGCAUUUAAAGUAUAAUUUGCUUUUGUGAUCUGUGUGUAUAGUUGUCAUUUUAAAAUUUCCCUUGUCGGUCAUAUUUAAAUUUCAAUAUUAGAUUCCUAAAAAUAGUAUGAUAUACAUCAGCAUACACAAGAGUUGCCUCUGUCAAUUUCUAUUAACUGCCACUGUGUGCUGCAGUGCUUGCUCUGUAUUUAGGUAUGAAGUAUGUCUUCUGUUCCAUCUUUGUGUAUAUUUUGCCAUCCAUUGAUUUUGUAUUUUCCCAUAGAUGUGCAAUAAAUUUAUAUAAAAUUUGAGAAA